AUGAUCCCUGAGACUAUCGCAGCGGAAAAUGCUGUAUCCAAUGCUAUAGCUGCUGUGCCUAUUCAGCACAUGAAAACUUACACGCCUUCAUAUGCGGAUAGCAAUCGCGCAUUGGUCGAGGAGCGAGUCUUUCCUAUUUCGACUGUGACCGGAUUGAUUGGACAUGAGUUUCAUCCAUUUGCAGAUACAUUUAUCUCCAAAGAAAUGGUUGAUAAGCUGCAUCUGAUAAAAAUUAGCUCAGACUUUUUAAGAGGUUUGUCCUCUAAGACGGAUGCAGUUGCGAUUACUCUCAUACUUGAUAAGGUUGCAUUAAAAAAGGAGCUGUUUCGUGAUGAUUUCUUGCUAAUUUGGUUUGGGACGAAGUCUCCAAAGAGUCAGAAAGCUGCGAUCACGGCUUUGCUUGAUACUUUGAAGACUGAUUAUCGCACCAAAUUCAUUCUAGCAGACAUUAUUGCGAACGGAAAGAAGGCUCAUUACCUCUCUUACGAGUUAGCUACAGCUGUGGAGAGGAAAUUGUGGUUAAGCUUGUCGACGAGUGAGUUAUACCAAGUUCUAGGAAUUUCUAACGUUCAUCUGACAAAUGAACAGUUAUUUAAAUUUGUGGGUUGGAAUACUUUCGGAAUCUCAGGAGAAAAAGUUUUUAUUGAGCUAAUGUUGAAGAUAUUGCGAGAACGAUCAAAAAAUAAAAUCAUGUGGGCUGACAUUAUUUACAAGCUACAGAGUGACGAAAAUGAUUUUUUUUUGCAUUGUAAAGGUUUGUUUAACAUUCUACUCCAGACAUACGACACAGCUGGUGAUGUUGUCACACCUUUUGAUGCUGUCAAGAUUCUGACGACUCCAGAAUUGUUGAAUGUUCUUGUUCCAAAGACAAUACCCAGCAAUGAAUUCGGCAUGUCGAUGAGAAACGAAUUACUUAAGCUGUCACAGGACGAACUGAUGUGGGCAAAAUUGAUGUACAUGCUGCGAGACGACAAAAGUGCAAUAACUUUUUAUCCUGACGUAUUCGACAAACUUCUUCAGCCAUAUAAUAUCAAAGCUAGAACGCCCAGCGAGGCUCUCAAGCAUCUGGCGAACCAAGACUUUGCCUUGAUGUACGAACCCUCAAUUGUAAGCGAGAACGAUGCCCAUGCAUUUCGACUGAAGAAGCUACUUGAUAUCUCUGACGAUAAACUCAUGUGGACCAAAGUUUUGCACACGUUACAAUAUGAAGAAAGUCUCUCUGCAAUCUCUGGUGUAUUGCAUUUUCUCAUUGAUACAUGGACAUAUUUCGGUGCACAAACCAACCAUAUUUCUUUCAGUGAAAGCACACAAGUUCUGACGAGCUCAAAUUUCUUAGACUAUUCCUUGUUCAUGCGAUUUAUUAACGACAACCCCGACAAAGUUGUGCUAGAAGUUUUGCGAAAGCGAUCGACAGAUGAAGUUAUGUGGGCUCGCGCAUUAUAUAACCUGCAACUUUCAAAUUAUCCCUCCGGUGUUCUCGACGCUCUUCUCCACUCAUGGGUUGAAAAUCCAUUCAAAUCGAUUGCAACUACAGAAAUGAAUAGCAUUCUCAUCCGCGCUUAUGAUACCAUACUAAGGUCCGAAGCUGUUCACGAAUCCCGCCAACCAACUGAUCAGGUAGUCUAUACGAUACUUCACACACUGUUAGAGCUUUCGAAUGAUGAAAUGAUGUGGGCCCGUUUCCUGCAUAAGCUCCAACAAGACAAUUCCUUAAAAGGUGUAGUUUCCAGAGUGUUCGACAUUCUUCUUUCAAAAGAUUUUAAAAUUAAAAAGGGCCAAAGGUUACCCAGUGAUUGUGUCAGAUCUCAGACAACGUUGUCUACAUCGACGAUCGAUCUGAAGACUUUGGAAGAAAUGUCGCUAGAUGAACUCAUCCUGCUUGAAAAGUGGAGAAAUGAACCGACCGGAACGAGAAUAUUCUUGCUUGUCAAAGAAAAGUUCAUGAGAAGCAGCAGUUUUGAGAAAAUGAUAGCGUAUGCGAAAUUUUCGAGCGACAACCCCAGUCUAUAUUUGCUGGCUGUACUACGAGAUCGAAUAAAGGACGAGUCAAAAUUGGCUCGGCUGUUACAACAGGUUUGGAAAUCAAAUGAUGAUGUACAGGGUGUUUUAUGCGCUCUUUACCAGUCAUGGACUGGAAAGCCAUUUAUUGCAGGUGUAAAUUCAGACGAAUUUAAAGCACUUGACGCAGCCUAUGAAUAUUUAAAGAAUUUACGGCAAAGCGCUACGCUGGCCAACAAAAAUCCCGACGAAGUCUGUUCGCUCAUACUCAAUCACUUUUAUACUCUUUCGAACGACGUAGUCAUGUGGUACAACUUUUUAAGCAAGACACAGACCGACAAUUCCUUCGACGUCAAUCUGAAUGCUGUGUUGAUGUAUCUUGUUGAAAAAUGGCUGCAUCAGCGACGACCACACACAGACUGUGGUAGUGGAAGUGACAACAGAAACUGGUGA